AUGGCCGUUCUAGGCAAGCGCAAAGCUCGUUCCGAGCCCUCGAUCUCUAAAGAAGACGCCGCUGCCAUUUUCCGCCGGCAUUUCGAAGCACAAUUCGCACCGCUACCUGGCGCAGAUGUCAAGUCCAAGUCAAAAGCUACGAAGCGCGACACCGAAGAUGAGGACGCAACCAGCGUAGAUAGCGAUGAGGAGGAGGAUGACGAAGAAGGAUCUGAAGACGACGAUGAAUGGGGUGGUCUCUCUGAGGAUGAGCAAAGCGAGGAGGAAGAGGACCAAACUUCUCGCAAAACCGAACCAUCGACAACACCCGCAACCUCCUCAUCUGCACUCCCCGAAGACGCCCCCUCUCUCCUAGCCCAAGAUCUCGAACUCCGCCGACUCCUCGCUGAAUCCCAUCUCCUCGCCCCGGCCAUCAACGGUGCAGGACAUGCUGUUGCGGCCAAGGCAUUCGACACCGGUCGCACCCGCAACAAGGCAACCGAUCUACGCAUCCAGGCCCUAGGUUCCAAGAUUUCCAUCCACAAGCAAGAGAAAAUGCCCAUGAACAUGCGCAAGGGUAUCGUUGCCGCAGCAGGUGCACGUGAGGCAAAGCGCAGGAGAGAAGCCAAGGAGAAUGGAGUCAUCCUCGAGCGCGAGACAAGCAAGAAGGGGCGACGGGAGAGGAAAAGGGACUUAGGUGUGGACCGUCCUGGUGUGGGUUGCGUCCUCUUCACAUCCCGCCUCAAUGCAACACUGUUCUCCUUCAUGUCGCUCAAUGCCCGUAGACAGGAGCUUUUCCCUCAGGCCAUCCGAGCAUAA